AGAGGGGGUGGGGGUGCCGUAGUGCCACAGAGAGCUCAUAAACACCAAUAGUUUUAAUAAGCAGGCAACUCUGAUCACUAAGCUCAGUGUAACUAAUAUACUGCAUUUCCAGCUCACAGUUCUCAGGACUAUGUUGAUUUGAUCAGCCCGCGUCGAGGCUUAAGGCUGCUUGUGUUGACACCACAGUUGCAGUUUACGCCAUGAGGAUUUGAUCAGCUCGGAUAAUAAGUUUAUGACCACAUGGGUAGAAGACAUAAGUACUGAUGCAAGUCUGUGUUUUAUCUCGCUUUGCAAUGUGUGUAGCUCUAAAGAAAGAGGACGUCUCCGAAAAGUGAUCUGAGGUGGACUAGUUUAGUGAAACUGCUGCUUUAACCAUUUCACCAUUGUGCAGUGCUUAGGCUUGCAAGGGGGGAGGGGUUCUUUUAUCCUUAUGGUGGACCAUAUAGACCAUAUAUCUGCUUUUGUGGUCUGUGAGGACUCAUUUCUUUGGAAAUAUAGGUUAGGCGACUUGCGGCAAGUUGUUAUGAUCCGUUCACCUGCUUUGGUUCCAUGAAGCAAAUACUCAAGCAUUCACAUGACGCUGCGUUAAUCCACUUUAUUGCAAAAUCGUAUUCGGAUCCCUGUGCCGAUGAUGUGUUUACGCUCUGUCAGGUUGAUCUACUCGCACAGACCAAACUACGCCUUCGUUCAGUUUGCAGUCUCUGGCGCCUUCAACACUUCGGAUGAUUUUAUCGCAUAGAUGUCACCCUAAAACAGCCUUACGGGGUCAACCAAACCCUCCCGGUAACCCCACCCAGUCUCAGCUCUGCCCCUCAUUGGUCGAGCAGCUUGCUCUAGGCACGUUCACAUUUUAUUGGGCGACUUCUAUUGGCUUGUGGUGACGACAAUCCCACACCCAACUCCCACCUCCUGAGGCAUCAAGUUUGGGAGACCGGGGCAGCUCUAGUUUGUAAAAGGGGCUAUAGCUCAAUGUGCAGCAGAGACUCCUAAGUCUUACUGGGUUCUGUUUUUUAAAAAAAGAAAAAAAAUAAUAAGAAAAAAAAUAAGUAAGCCCGUCAUUCACAAUCGCCUCGCAAGAUGGAUAUGAAGAAGAGAAUUCAUCUGGAGUUGCGAAACCGGACGCCGUCAGACGUGAAAGAACUUGUACUCGACAACUGUCGGUCAAAUGAAGGCAAAAUUGAAGGCCUUACAGAUGAGUUUGAGGAACUGGAAUUUUUAAGCACAAUCAAUGUAGGCUUAACUUCAGUCGCCAACUUACCCAAGCUCAACAAACUCAAAAAGCUGGAGCUCAGCGAUAACAGAAUCUCAGGUGGUUUGGAGGUCUUGGCAGAGAAAUGUCCCAACCUCACCCAUCUCAACCUCAGUGGCAACAAAAUCAAAGACCUCAGUACCAUCGAACCCCUGAAAAAAUUGGAAAGCCUCAAAAGUUUAGACUUGUUCAACUGCGAGGUGACAAACCUGAACGACUACAGAGAAAACGUCUUUAAGCUGCUGCCUCAGUUGACGUAUCUUGAUGGCUAUGACAAAGAGGAUAAAGAGGCACCUGACUCUGAUGCAGAGGCCUAUGUUGAGGGACUGGAUGACGAUGAAGAUGAUGAAGACGAAGUAGAAGAGGAGGACUAUGAUGAAGAUGCAGCCCCAGGAGAUGAAGAUGAAGAAGAGGGUGAGGAUGAGGAUGAGGAGGAAGGUGAAGAGGAAGAGGAAGAAGAUGUCAGUGGAGAGGAAGAGGAGGAAGAAGACUUAAAUGACGGAGAAGUUGAUGAUGAGGAAGACUAUGAGGAGAGGGGUCAGAAGAGGAAAAGGGAGCUGGAUGAAGAAGGAGAGGAGGAUGAUGACUGAACAUGCACUCUUGGGUCCCCUUUGUGAUCUGACUGUUUUAACCCUCUAUUUCUAUGUCCUAAUGUUGUUUUGCGGUGGUAUGGGAAGGUAUGCAAAUGGUAGGGGUGGGUUAGUAAACAGACAAGAACACAGUUUAAAUAUUAGGGUUUUUGUUUUGUUUUGAAUUUAUUUUUUUGUUUUGUUUUUUGUUUUGUUUUUUUACCUUAGGUUUGAACCCCUUCUUUUUCUCCAAAACCUCUACAGAUGGCUGGCAACACAGUAGUGGAAAUUUCCUAUUGUUAGAAAAUUUGUAAUUUUUAUUUUCUCUUUACUGUUGAUGCCUAAAUGCUUAUACAGAUUGCUGGGUAUGACUUAUGUAUUUAAAAGACAAAAAAUACCAAAAACCUUUUAAAACAGCAUGUCUGGCUCUAUUUUAAAGUUGACUACUGGAUUUCAAGAGCGAGCGUUUUCUUACCCACUUUUUUAUCACAUCUUUUAUUUGUGUACAUCGCGUCUCUUUAGUGUCGUCAUCAUCAUGUGACGUGCUGUUCAGGCGUGGAGGAGACGUCGUAAGAUCUGCUUGAACAUGCACAGUACAACCUCUCAAUGUGAUUUAUAUUUUUAUUUUAUUUUUAUUUUAAUGUUUAGCGCUGAAUGUCUGCCCUUGUCAAAUGACUCCUAAACCCCUUCUCCUCCUCGCGUGGGUAGUUCAGAGGUUUCGUGUUCUUUGUAAAUAAUGACCAAAUAUAUUUUUUUCUAUUCCCUUUGAUAAUGGCAGACAUUUUCACAAUUAAUCUCAGUUGUAACCAUUAACUGUAAUAAAAUGAAUGAAAACACAUGCAGCUGUAACGUAAUUUUGGGAAUCGGUGUUCAAAAAGGAAUGUACUGAUUUCAUGUUCACAGUGAACUGAGCAUGUGAUUUAUCCAUAUAGGUCAUUAGUUAGCACAUUAUUUAAUGUGUGAAUCUUGCGCAAGUGUUUAUGGUCUCACCACUGAUGAAUUUUAGAUUUCCAUCAAAUUCAGUCUCGUUGAAAUUGUAUUUGUAAGCUCAGGGAAAGGAAAUUAGCUUGUAUUUUUGUGACUUUUUUUCUUUUUUCUUUUUUUUUCUUUUUUUUGUGUCUGGAUAUUUUUGUAAAUAUUCAGAGAUGCUAUCAGUUAUUUAAGCGAAAGGCAUUCUGAGCUGUGUUUGGUGGUUCUAAAUUCUACGCUUUUUUGUUUCUUUGUUUUUUAUUAUUAAAAUCAAGAAAUUUUAGAUGUGACUGAGACAGAAGUCAACGUUCUUGUUGGAGCAGAGCUAUUUUGAGGUGCCUUUGAGACAGUAUUCAUGAAUGCUUCACUGCCUGUUGGUAACGAGGAGUGUUGCAUGUUCUUUUUUUUCCCCCUCCCAGGUAGAAUCUUUUCAGGAGUCUCCAUGUGUCUGCCCUCUGAGACAAGCAGUUCAGACAGGUUGCACGUAAUUACACUGAUAUCCCACAAUGUGUGUCAUUUCUGUUAUUAAACCAUGUCAAAUGA